UUGUUCCAAUAUUGUCUUUUACAGACCCGCAAUACUUUAAUCAAUAUUAUGUAUAGCAAAUGCUCAUCUCAAGCUAACUUUUUAAAAGAAGAAAAUGAACACUUUAAAAAAUAUUGAUAAUAAAGAAAUAAUAAUCAAGAUUCUUCAUUUGGCUAUAGAUUACAUGAUUGGAAAUUUUAAUGACGAACAAACUCUUCGUUCGUCACACAAAUAUGGAUUUCAAAAUGCAGAUGAAUUUCUGUUCGCUAUACGAAUCAUGUCAAAGUUUUACAAGGAUGUUUUAUUAAAAUGUGAAAAAAUAACGCAAUUUUCGUACAUUAGCUCUGAAAUGAGCAGGCUUGCAAAUCUUGUGCUAUCAGCACGUUAUUCUGAAUUAAAAAGGCAUCUCGAGCAUUGGGAGUACUUGCAAAAUACGAAUGUCAUAGAAUCCUUUGGAUGGGACACAAGGUUAAUAUUAGGAGACAGCUACUUUGGAAAAAAUAUACAACCAUUAACAACAUUGGAUUUGCGAUAUCGUCACAUAAAUAAUCAAAAAGAACUGUUUUGCGAAAUGAAUAAUGUAAUACUAAACGACUUUAUUUAUUUACUUGAAAAUGUAUUAGCCAGAUAGCAAUCCAUAUAUUGAAUGCAUAUUAUUGUUGUUUAAAAUUCAUUUUUGCUAAAAGUUGUAUCUGAUUUCUUUCUGAUGAUUUUUGUUAAUUUCUGGCGUC